AUGCAUAUACACCCCGACGAGAUCGAUGUCACCGGUAGUCAUGGGCACCGCUGGUCUCUAAGAGCGUGUACCAGAAAUCAACCACAACUUGGCUGCCCAUCAUGCUUUGACGAACAGAGCCGCAGUGGUGCCAACAGUCCAUCGGUCAUACUCCCCCGGUCAUCGAGCGAAGAUUCGGGCGCAGGGGGACCAUACCAUUUUCCUGAAACGAUACAAUGCGCGCGGCUCCUCAAUUGCGACCCUACGUCGGAUGCCGACGACUGGCAAGGCAAAUGGAGGAUAAGGAGCACGUGGGGCCCACAGUCGUCUUAG